AUGGCAGUACAGAAGCUUAAGGUAGGCAUGGCUGGCUUAGGUCGAGUGGGCAAGCUCCAUGCGAUCAACUUCUUGCACCGCACUCCCCGUGCUGAAUUGGUGGCUGCAUUUUCGCCUGACCCGGCAGAGAUCGCCUGGGGAAGACAGAAUCUUGAGCCGUACGGUGUCACUCUCUAUGACAAUUACGAUAAGAUGCUUGAGCAUCCAGGACUGAUGGCCGUCGCUAUCGGUACUGCAACCCCUGUCCAUGCGGAAGAAACGAUCAAAGCUAUCGAUCGCGACUUGCAUGUCCUCUGUGAGAAACCGCUGUCUACUGAUGUUGAAGUGUGCAAGUCUGUCGUAAACAAAGCCAGAACCAAGCCACACCUCAAGGUCAUGUGCGGCUUCUCUCGACGAUUUGACGAGUCCUACCGUGACGUAUACGACAAGAUCAGCCAGGGGCUCAUCGGAAGACCUUCAGUCCUUCGGAGCCAGACCUGCGAUAAGUAUGAUCCUUCUGGAUUUUAUGUCGCAUACUCUGCGUGGUCGGGAGGCGUCUUCGUGGACAUGUCCGUGCACGACAUCGACCUUACUCUGUGGUUCUUCGGUGAUGAUGUGGUCCCCAAGACGAUCUCUGCAUAUGGCAUAACCGCUGUGCAACCGGAGCUGAAGAAGUUCAACGACUAUGACAAUGCUGUUGGAAUUGUUGAAUUCCACAACGGCAAGAUUGCAUACUACUAUUGCUCUCGCAUGAUGGCGCAUGGCCAAGAAGACACCACAGAAGUCAUCGGCACCGAGGGCAAGUUGUCUGUCAACUCCAACCCGCAGCGGAACCUGGUGAACUUCUACCAUUCGGGAGGUAUUACUCGUGAGGCUCCCUCUAAUUUCAUAGGUCGCUUCGGACCUGCGUUCGUGACGGAGGCCAAUGAAUUUACCGCCGCAUGCUUGGAUAACACGCCACUCCCGAUGAAGCUGAGCAACGCCGUCAAAGCCGUAGAGAUUGGCGCAUAUCUCCAGGAGGCUCUGGUUACAGGCAAGCAGAUUCACUUUGAUGAGAUUGGAAGGCGGGUGGAGAGAGCCCAGAUUUGA